AUGCCGCCCGCAACCCCACAGGCAGGGCCCAGCAAGCCAGAAGGCUCCACCAAGAAGCCCUCUCGCGUGGCCAACUUCUUCUCAGAUGACUCGGAGGGCGAGCACGAGCCCGUCCCCGCCGGCGACCAUGAGCCCCUCGUCAACGGCGCUCUCCGCAGGAAGCGCAAGUCUCUGCCGAACGGAUCUACUGCCAACGGCGACAAGCCUGAGGGUGGCAAAGCCCAGAAGCGCAAGGUCAAGGCCAAGGCGGUCGAGGAUCCCGCAGAGGCUAAGCGGAGGGAAAAGAUCGCUGCCGAGCUGCUGGUGAAGCGCUACGAGCUGCCGUUCUACCAAGGACGUAGGAACAUUUUGGAAGAGAUUGUGUCAAACGACACGGUUGUGAUUGUCGGUGAGACGGGAUGCGGCAAGUCGACCCAGCUCGGCCAGCUGUUGCGCCGCCACAAGAUCGCCCUCGACCACUUUGGCGCCCGCGGCCCCAGUGUGGCUAUCACCCAGCCCCGUCGUCUUCCCACCAUCUCGCUUGCUACGCGUGUGGCCGCAGAGAUGGGUGUGGCUGUGGGAGCCGAAGUGGGUUACGCCGUCCGUUUCGAGGACGCGUCCAGCUACGACACACGUGUGCGGUUCAUGACAGAGGGUGUGCUCAUGCGUGAACUUGCCAACGCCAGCGGCCAGCCUGAGAAGAAGGACAAGCCAGCGUCGGACGAGUCCGAGUCUGAUGACGGCGACGACGAGGAGGAGGAGGAGAAGGAGGAGGACGCCGGCCUCAACCUGCUCACGCGCUACGAUAUCGUCAUUAUCGACGAAGCCCACGAACGUACCCUCAACACCGACUUUCUCCUCGGCAGCAUGAAGAAGAUUCAGCGUAUCCGCAAGGCCAAGGCCGCCAAGGGUGACGGCCGUGAGCUCAAGAUUGUGAUCAUGAGUGCAACCCUCGACCCUGUCAAGUUUACCAACUUCUUUGACAACUGCCCAGCUCUCCACGUGCCGGGCCGCAUGUUUGAUGUCGCUACGUCGCACACUGCGUCCGCCGUGGACGACUUUAUCGAGGCGGCGGCAGACGCCGCCAUGAUGGUCCAUAACCGCAAGCCCUCGCCGCCUGGCGAGAUGCUUGUUUUCAUGCCCGGUUCAGAGGAGAUUGAAAACGUCGUCGCCCUCCUCCGCCGUCGUGGGACGGACCUGCCCCAGGGCUCCAAGCACCUCCAGGUGCUGCCCCUGUACGCUUCGCUGCCCCCAACAGCGCAAGCCAAGAUCUUCCUCCCCACUCCCGAGAACACGCGCCGCAUCGUCGUGGCAACCAACAUUGCCGAGACGUCCCUUACUAUCCCCGGCAUCGCCUUUGUCAUCGACUCGGGGUACAAGAAGGAAAAGGAGUACAUCUACCGUGCCAGUGGUGCCAUCGAGCACCUGCGCAAGAUGGAGGUCUCUCAGGCGAGCGCUUGGCAGCGUACCGGUCGUGCCGGCCGUGAGAUGCCGGGCGAGUGUCUGCGUCUGUACACCGAGGCUGCGUUCCGCAAAAUGCGCGAGUUUGACACUCCCGAGAUCCAGAGGUGUAACCUGUCCAACGCCGUGCUCCAGCUCAUCGCCAUGAAGCAAGACCCCUUCACGUUUGCCUACAUUGAUCCACCUUCGCGCGACUCGGUCGCCGCCGCGUUCCGUUCGCUCGCCGGCCUGGGUGCGAUUUCGUCCCCCACCGAGAUCACCACACUGGGCCGCGACAUGCUCCGUUACCCUCUGGACCCGGAGCACGCGCGUAUCCUUGUCGCCUCGUUCGAGCUCGGAUGCGCCUCUGAGAUUAUCGACAUUCUCGCUCUUGUCGUCUCGGGUCCAGUCUUCCUGGACCGCGCACAGGACGCCCGCGAGACUGCCGCUGCCGCGCGUGCCAAGUUUAUCCACCGCGACGGCGACCACCUCACGGCCAUGAACGUCCUGCGAGCUUACCUCGCACUCAAGGAACAGCGCACCGACGACGACGACGACGACGAGGCCGCCUCUGCCGAAAAGAAGGGCAAAAAGGGCAAGCACGCCAAGGAAGGUGGUGGCCUCUCGCAGUGGUGCCGCGACAACCACGUCCAGGGCAAGACGCUCGUUGCGGCGUGCAAGGUGCGCGCGCAGCUGCGCGAGCUCGCAGAGAGGCACGGUGCCGACUGGCGCUCGUCCUGUGGCAGCGAGUACGCCGCUGUCGGCCGCGCCCUCCUCCAGGGCCUGUUUAUGAACACGGCCGUCAUCCAGGCCGACGGCACGUACCGCCAAGCCGCGGGCAGCCUGCAGGUCAAGAUCCAUCCUUCGUCGGUUCUUGUGGGCCGCAAGGUGCCUGCGAUUGUCUACGACGAACUGGCCAUCACGAGCGCCAUCUAUGCGCGUAACGUCUCGUCGUUUGAGCAGCACUGGCUCACGGAAGUGCCGUGGUUCCAGCGCGCCGGGUCGAGCACCGCGCAGCCCGUGACGCGCAAGAAGGUCUAG